GCUCAACAGUUCGGUUUGAGAUCUCGAAAAAAACGCAAACCCAAGCAAAAUCAAGAUGAAAUACCUAGCAGUUUUGGCGCUACUCUGCUGCUUUUUGGGCUCAGCCUUGGCGGCUUUGAAAAACCCAAUCUGUGGCGAGGAGUUUGGCGUCCUUGGUAAUUGUCGUUCCAUUCAAUCCAAGUGGACCUAUCGCAAGGAUACAAACGAGUGCAUCAGCUUCAAUUACUCCGGCUGCCAUGGAAACAAUAAUCUAUUCGACAAGAAGGCGGAAUGCGAAAAGGCCUGCAAAAUUUAAGUGCCCAUUUAAGUUACCCAUGAAUAAAGUUCGAAAAUCGGUUUUGUUAUCCUAAUGUGA